AUGAAGUUCAAUCCUGCAGUUUCCCGCGAUUCCGGAAAGAACCGUAAACAACACUUCAAUGCUCCAUCUCACGAAAGAAGGAAGAUUAUGUCCGCUCCACUCACCAAGGAACUGCGUGCUAAACACGGAAUCCGAUCAAUCCCAAUUCGAGUAGACGAUGAGGUUAUCGUAAUGCGAGGUCGUCAUCGCGGAAACACUGGACGAGUAAUCCGUUGUUACCGUAAGAAGUUCGUUAUCCAUGUUGACAAAGAAUCUACCGUGAGAAAAGGAACGGAUCUUACUGUGCGCACAUUCGAAAUUCUGCACCCUUCGGAAGGUGAAGGUUUGGUCGCCCUCACGAAGCUGAAGCUAGACAAGGAUCGUCGUGAUCUCGUCGAAAGGAAAGCUGCCGGACGUGCCAAGGCACUCGGAAUACUCAAGGGAAAGCACACCGAUGAAAGCGUUGCUUAA